AUGGGUAACCAGCCCUCCAGCAACCGAAAAGAGAAGGGGGAUAAAGCCGGACCCGACGGUCUAUCGUUGGAAAGAGAACAGUAUCGAUCAUUCGAAAGGGCCGACACCAAAGAGUCAACCCGAUCAAUCCGCAGCUCCAUCAGAUCUAAGAUCCCAGGCUCUGGCAAGACUGACAGCCCGAGAAACUCUGUCGCGAACAUCGGUGAUACUAAUGGCUUAGACAAGUCCGACAGUGCCUCCACCAAAUCUCGCUCCCGGCGAGACUCGACUGCCUCCGCUCAGGUAGCUGCGAUCGAAACCGCUGCGAAGAACGAUUAUCCACAACCUCCCCCCUCCCCCGUCCACGGCGCCCUCGGCACGAACCAUGACCAUGUAGACAAAGCCAAGCAGACUGGUGAGGUCGACCAUGUCUCUGACGCCCCCCCAAUCGGUGUACCCCCUCCAUCGAGUGCACAGCAACCCGGAGAUUCCAUCCUACAGAAGAAAGGUCAACCGAUACCGCGUAUUCCCGAUGUGCCUGCACAGAACGAUGGGGCGGGCUCCCCAAUGGAGACAAGCGCGCUCAAGCCGUCAGAUUUGGACGAUAUGAUUCAGAGGUUGCUGGAUGCCGCAUACACGGGCAAGGUCACGAAGACUGUCUGUCUUAAGAAUGCUGAGAUAUUUGCGAUCUGCGCGGCCGCACGAGAGGUGUUCCUCAACCAGCCUUCACUAUUGGAGCUUUCUGCUCCGGUGAAGAUCGUAGGCGAUGUACAUGGGCAAUAUACAGAUCUCAUUCGUAUGUUCGAGAUGUGUGGUUUCCCGCCGAAUUCCAACUAUCUUUUCCUAGGAGACUAUGUGGACCGCGGAAAGCAAAGUCUCGAAACCAUCCUCCUGUUGUUGUGCUACAAACUCAAGUUCCCGGAGAACUUCUUCCUUCUGCGAGGAAACCACGAGUGUGCGAAUGUAACGCGAGUAUACGGAUUUUAUGACGAAUGCAAGCGAAGGUGUAAUAUCAAAGUCUGGAAAGCCUUUGUCGAUACUUUCAACACUCUUCCCAUCGCAGCCAUCGUUGCCCAAAAAAUCUUUUGCGUGCAUGGUGGUUUGUCUCCUAGCCUCUCGCACAUGGACGAUAUUCGACAAAUCGCUCGUCCCACAGACGUUCCCGAUUAUGGAUUGUUGAACGAUCUGCUAUGGAGCGACCCCGCAGAUAUGGAGAAUGACUGGGAGUCGAACGAGCGUGGUGUGAGUUAUUGCUUCGGCAAGAAGGUCAUCAUGGAAUUUCUACAGCGCCACGACUUCGAUCUGGUCUGUAGAGCCCACAUGGUUGUUGAAGACGGUUAUGAGUUCUUCAGCGAUCGUGUACUCGUCACUGUAUUUUCUGCACCCAACUAUUGUGGAGAAUUUGAUAAUUGGGGGGCAGUCAUGUCUGUGUCAUCGGAGCUUCUGUGUAGCUUCGAGCUUCUGAAACCCCUUGACUCGAGCCAACUGAAGAGUCAUAUCAAGAAGAGCAGGAACAAGCGGCAUAGCAUGCUCAACUCACCAGUAUGUAUCAACUGA